CAAUCAACGUGCCGCAAACAGCACCUGGCUGCUUUCUCAACACGGUAGUCUUGUCAUUUCUGUAUUUUCGGUAAAAAGUUACCUUUGUAUCAUGACAUUUAAAUAUCCUUUUGACACAUCCCUUACCGUUUCAAGGCGUAGCCAAAACUCAAAUUUCCUGAACUUUUCAUCAAUGAAAAAGUAGUCAUUUGAGGCGGCGAUGGUUAGCAGUUUAGCUAACGUUAGCACGAGCUGACGUCGUAAAUAAAUGCACAGCUGCGAUAUUCAGAUUCAGAAAAUCGUAUUUAUCCCCGUGGGGCAAUUGGGACUUAACAGGCACGCUCUGCACAAGAAACAUGUCGUGAGUUUUGUCGUUUUGUGUAUUUCUGUGUCCCGGAAACUUCACAGCAUAUUACAUUGAUAGUCAGCCAGGCGUGUACCUAAGUGCACAUCGCCCCGGUUUGGUCUUUGUAACGCUCGCUCAGUUGCGUCAUUUUCGCCUCGGGGGAAGCAGUGUGUCAACGGCCACCAUCUCAUCGCUCGCACGGUCCACACCGAAGCGAGGUGGCAGAACACGCCGGCCCACAGCGAUAUGCCACUUCGCUCUCGAUGCUGCUGCAUGUCCACAACUUGCAUUUCUACUCAUGUUACUGGAUAUCUACCAUCUGUUUACGGUUUUUUGAGUGAAGAAAAAUGAGUACAAGGAUAAGAGGUGGGAAGCCCAACAGAGGGGGAGGGGGGGGAGGCGGAAGGAAAGGAGGAAGCGGCCGCUGGGAUGCCGACGAUGAUUUCACCCUUGAUUUAGGACCCCGGCGUCCAUCCAGCAGACCCCCCAUAGCACGAGGUGGCAUUAGCCACGUCAGGUAUAGCAAUCCCGGAUUGGGAGGCCGAGAUCGAGGAGGCAGAUACAACCGAACUGUUCUCCCGAAAUCCCUGGCGAGGAACCGAACAUACACCAAGGCGAGUGACAGCGACAGGCCCUACGCGAACAACAUGCCUAUGCAGAAGAUUUUCAUGACCGACAAGAACCAAGAGCUCCUCAAGGAGCUGCUGUGUGACCUGCGGACACGCGACUUUGACGAGCGUGACGAUGACACCGGUUUCGAUGAUUUGAACGAGGAAGAAGCGGAGGAACACGAUGAGAUGGACCACCGUGAGGAAGGCCAGUUUUGGACCACCGCCGACGAGCCUGCGGAGAGAGCAGAGAGCCCGAGAGAUUACGAGUCCGACAAUGAACGGCCUCCGGUUGAACCCGUCGUCUCCUUGUUUGCUAUCGGCAAACUCUGCAGGUACGGCUUUGACCGGGAACGUAGCAAGCAGGCACUGGAGUCAUGCGGGGGAGAAUUCGGCAUUACUUUGGAACAGCUUCUUCACCAGGUUUACACCGAGCGUUACGGACAGGAAGCGCUUUCCACCGCGGGCCUCUCCGCCGAGCCCAUGGACGAGUGCCUGAACCAGAGGCAGGAGGAAGCCCUGGCGCUGGCCGCCAUAUACGACGAGCGCUUCCAGGAGCGCAUCGCCAAUUCAGUGUGGGUCGUAACACUGGAUGCCCUAUUCCUCACGGACAACAGGUAUGGCAGCAAAUGUAAGUUCAAGCACCAAGCUCCGGAUAAAGACUUAUCAGACCAACGGGGGCCAGCUCAGAGUGGGAUCAGCAGCUAUUCUCGCCCGGAGUACGAACUGGAGAUCCGUUUCCCCAAAGGGAACCGCUACCCAGCUCAAGCGGCGGUCGUGGCCUUCAACACCAACGACGAGUCCAUCGGCGCCGCCGGGAGGCUCAACGUGACCGAAAGGUUGUUCGGGGAGGCGCUGACGGCCGCCCGCAACGCAGAACCUGUGGUUUAUACCCUGGUUAGCAUGUGCGAGGACGAGGCCACCAUGAAGGAGCUGCUGGACGUCACGCAUCACAAAUACAGCAAGCCGCCGCCCGUCGUGGUCCCCCCUGCCUCGGUUGCGCCACCAAAGCCGAGGACCGGGACCAGUAAGGCUUUGGAUGGAAGCGUCUGUCCCAGCAGAAGGCUCACGCCGCUAGUAGACCGGACCGGAGAGGCCGAGGGCCCGGAAGAAGGCCACGACGUCCCCGUCGAGAACGUCAGCUCUGUCAACAUGAGGAAGAGGGUGCCUAACCAUCCCAAUCUGCUGCAAGAGAACGGCAAGAUGUGCAGAGACUUUCACACGAAACAGUCGUCCGAACGCUUCAGGUCAAUGCUGGAGCAGAGGAUGAAGCUGCCGGCUUGGAAUGAAAGAGACAACAUUUUGGAUCUGCUGGAUGGCUGUCAAGUGUUGGUUGUCAGCGGUAUGACGGGGUGCGGCAAGUCAACUCAGAUCCCCCAGUUCAUUCUGGACGCUUCCUUGAGCGGCCCGGCGGAUAAGGUGGCCAACAUCGUCUGCACUCAGCCGCGCCGCAUCUCCGCCAUCUCGGUGGCUCAGCGGGUGGCGCAGGAGCGCGCCGAGAGUCUCGGCAACUCCGUGGGCUACCAGAUCCGCCUGAAGAGCGUCACGUCAUCUGCCACCAGGCUGCUUUACUGCACCACUGGAGUGUUGCUGAGAAGACUGCAGGGAGACGUGGAGCUUCAAGGCGUCACCCACGUCAUUGUGGAUGAGGUGCACGAGCGCACGGAGGAGAGUGACUUCCUCCUCUUGGUCCUCAAAGACCUGAUUCUUCAGAGACCCGACUUAAAGAUUAUCCUCAUGAGUGCCACGCUGAAUGCCAACCUCUUCUCUGAAUAUUUCUACGACUGUCCUACCGUACACAUACCCGGUCGCACUUUCCCCGUGACUCAGUUUUUCCUUGAGGACGCCAUCUCUUUAACUCGCUACGUGAUAGAGUACGGGAGCCCUUAUACGCGCUCGAUGAGGCAGAACUCCUCCUCUACGAGUUAUCAAGGAGGAAACAGAGCCCCGAAGGACAUUGUGGACACCUUGGGGGACGACAUGUGGAACUACAUGUCUUUCACCAAAAAGGACUUUGUCAAGGACUCCAUCCCGGACCAGCAGCUCAGCCUGCAGGAACUCACAGUUCGAUUCAAAGAUUGUAAAGCGUCCGUGCUGCAGACCAUUGCUGCCAUGGACCUGGACAAGAUCAACAUGGACCUGAUCGAAAGUCUGCUGGAGUGGAUUGUGGAUGGAAAUCACGGUUACCCCCCAGGUGCAGUGCUGGUUUUUCUUCCCGGGCUCGCUGAGAUCAAGACGCUUUUCAAGCAGCUGCAGUCAAACGGGAAGUUUAACAACAGGCACGCAAACAGAUGUGUGGUGUACCCGCUCCACUCCACUCUGUCCUACGAGGAGCAGCAGGCUAUCUUCAUUCGCCCGCCGGAGGGCGUCACCAAGAUCAUCAUCUCCACCAACAUCGCGGAGACCUCGGUCACCAUCGACGACGUGAUGUACGUCAUCGACUGCGGCAAGAUGAAGGAGAAAAGGUACGACGCGUCCAAAAGGAUGGAGAGCCUGGAGGAGACGUGGGUUUCGCGGGCCAACGCGCUUCAGAGAAAGGGCAGGGCGGGCCGCGUGGCCUCCGGGGUCUGCUUCCACCUCUUCACCAGCCACUGCUUCCGGCACCAGCUGGCUGACCAACAGCUUCCCGAGAUUCAGAGGGUUCCUCUGGAGAAGCUUUGCCUCCGCAUCAAGACUCUGGACGUGUUCGCCGAGCAAACGCUGGAGUCCGUCUUCCGCCGCGUCAUCGAGCCGCCGGCCGUGGGCAGUUUGGAUGCGGCCAAGCGGUGCCUGCAGGACCUGGGCGCCCUGACGGCCGAGGAGAAGCUCACCCCGGUGGGCUACCACCUGGCCUCCCUUCCCGUCGACGUGCGCGUCGGCAAGCUCAUGCUGUUUGGCGCCAUCUUCCGCUGCCUCGACCCGGCGCUCACCAUCGCCGCCAGCCUCGCCUUCAAAUCACCUUUUGUGACGCCAUGGGACAAGCGUGUGGAGGCCAACGACAAAAAACUGGACUUUGCGGUAGCCAAUAGUGACCAUCUGGCUCUGCUCCAAGCUUACAAGGGUUGGUGUAAUGCCAAAAAGGCAGCCCACCCCUCCGGGCCCCGUUACUGCCAGGAGAACUUCCUGUCUGCGCAAGUUCUGCAGGAAAUCGCUUCUUUCAAGCGGCAGUUUGCCGAGCUGCUUUCCGACAUCGGUUUCAUCAAAGAAGGGCUGAGGUCCAGGAUGAUCGAGCGACUCGGCUCCAAUGGCUCCGACGGCGUUCUCGAGGCUACUGGCCACGAGGCAAACCUGAAUGCUGAGAACAUCCAUCUCGUGUCCGCACUGCUGUGCGCCGCCCUCUAUCCGAAUGUAGUGCAGGUCCAAGAACCUCAGGGGGUUUACAAGAUGAGCGUCAAAGGAGCCAUGAAAAUGCUGCCCAAGGCCAACGAGUUGCGCUUCUGGACCAAGAGCGACGGCUGCGUCUACGUUCACCCCUCGUCCGUCAACUACGGCGUCCGCAAGUACCCCAGCCCCUACCUGGUUUACCUGGAGAAGGUAAAAACCAGUCAGGUCUUCAUCCGGCACUGCAGCAUGGUGUCCGUGUAUGCUUUGGUGCUCUUCGGUGGCGGGGAGGUCAACGUGGACAUGCUCAGAGGCCAGUGUGUCAUCUCCCUCGACGACGGAUGGAUUCGAUUCGCCGUCGAUUCUCACCAGGUGGCCGAGCUGGUAAAGGAGCUGCGCUGGGAGCUGGACCGGCUGCUGGAGGACAAAAUCAGGAGGCCCAGCAUGGACCUGUGCAGCUGCCCCCGCGGCUCCCGCAUCAUCCGCAUGAUCGUCAACCUGGUGUCCACUCAGUAGCCCCAAGGUCCAUCUCCAGGUGAAGUUCUAGGUCAAAAGUUGUUUAAAUAUGCAUCCAUCUUCCAAAUGGUUGCAGACAUCGAUUUCUUGUUAAAUUCCCUUCCCAAAUAAAUACCUGUUUUGGAAAGAUGGGAUGGGUUGAUGCGUGAACUCGAGAAGGAAGGCGGCCACACCCCCUUUUCGGAGCUAAUAAAAAUUCGGGGAUGCCGUAGCUCCUAAACUCUUUCUCCGCUUGACCUCUAAUUUGAGAUUUAGUGUUGUGCCAUCACUGUCAACAAGUACAGCAAGUUUCAUUCAAAUCAAAAUCCAUUUGACUGAACCCGCUUGUGAUUUGCCAUGGAAUGACCCAAGUGUGCUUUUUGACCUGUACUUGAUCUGCAACACAGUGCUCACAAGUGAGAACAAAGUUCAAUGCUUCUGACCAUGUACUAUUUUUAAAAUUACAUUGUUGUGGCCCAGAUUAUUUAAAAUUAAAUAUGUAUAUUUUUGUUUAAUAAAUUGGCAAAAAUAACUGAUGAAAAAAAACCCACAUCGAAGCACAUGUUCAGAAGCAGUGAGUGAUGUUGUGGCCAGCUUCCACAUGUGUCAGUGUUGUGCAGUCCAUGCUUGUCAAGUAGACACCAUGGCGUCCUCUGCUGCUGGCCGAAAUGUACCGCCUGUCAGCCGAUGUCGGUGUAGAACCUGAGUCAAAUUUUAUUGCUAAAAUGAUGUGGGAUUGUUUUUUAAAAUGCUUUUCAAUAUAUUAUUUGACUGGAA